UUUAGAGUAGCUACUCGAGUGGAUUUGGCUAACUCUAAACUUCUCAGCUUCCGGAGAUAACGACUUGAUACUAGCCUUGGAAACGGAAUCCGUGUGCAGCUAACUUGUAUAUUUAAUAUAUCUACCGCAUGCAGUGGGGCUACUUGUUGCGUAUAUAAACAAUUUGAGUUCUCUCUACAGCAAAGACCAGCAUAUAAUCGAACACCGGAGAACUUCAUACACUUUCGUACAAGGUCUCAAACGGAAUGUAAAUGACCAACUGUACUGUAUUCGGCUCUAAAUGAUUGCUAGUUCCUGGAAGAGAACGGAUAUCACUUUCUGAUCAACGUUGUACGACGAUACUAUAUAGCUACGGUCCACAGACGUACGUAGUUUCACGUUGACGCAAUUAAGGUUGACGUAGAUUCAUAUCGACAUACCUUGAUGCAAGAUGGUCUACGCGAUUGUUGGACUCCUACUGGUUCCCAUCCUAACGAUCUUGAUCUUGAGGUACAGCAUAAAACGGACGACCUUUUGCAAGAGCACAAGACGACUGACCGGAAAGACAAUACUUAUAACAGGUGGUAACUGUGGUAUUGGACGUGAGGUGGCGCUGGAUUUAGCUAAAAGAGGGGGUAGAGUCAUUAUAGCGUGCAGAAACAAGGAACGGGGACGAGCAGCAGUCGAACAAAUUAAACUAGCUACUAAUAACCAAGAUGUUUUCUUUCGUAUUCUCGAUCUCGCGUCAUUAUCGUCGAUACGAGACUUUGCAAGAGAUUUCAAUCAAGAAGAAGCGAGAUUAGAUAUACUCAUUAAUAAUGCAGCCUAUCUAGGUCCCAAAGAUGUCACUGCGGAUAAUUUUGAGAGAACGAUGGGAGUGAACUACAUUGGCCAUUUCCUUUUGUUCAAUCUUCUACUAGACAAACUAAAACACAGCGCUCCCUGUCGGGUCGUCAACGUACUCUCUGAUUCUUACGGUAUUGGACACAUUGAUACCGACGACCUCAACGGAAGUUUUGUGAAAUAUGACUCAUAUUCCAUGUACGGUACAAGUAAACUUGCGAUUCUACUUUUUACGAUGGAGGCCGAUAAAUCAUUCAAGGAUGAAGGGAUAACAUCGUAUGCGGUACAUCCAGGAGCUACAAACACAUCCCUGUUGCGCAACUGGCCCGGUGUAUUUGGAACAGUUUUGAGACUGGUAGCCAUGAUUUUAUUUCGUUCUCCUGUAGAAGGUGCCCAGUCAAUAAUAAACACAGCUGUGAUUGGUGGGAUUGAAGAAUUUAGCGGGAAACUGUUUUACGAUUGCAAGGUCAUUGAACUGGACCAUAAAUGCAGCAAGCAACUUUACAAGGCAAGCAUGUUGUGGAAAGCAACAGAAGCAUUGUGUGAAACAAAUAAGCCCAUAACACAGGAUGAAGAAAAAAAGGAAAUAUGAGUGUUAUUCUUGCAAUUUUGAACCCAAGCUAUAUUCUUACUUUCAACAUUUUGCUUUUCACUGUAUUUAUGAUAGAUAGCUUAUCUUUACCAUGACGACGUAUUUUUUUGUCAUGAGGUCAUUCAUCUUUGCUAUACAUACCAAUCGAAAUGAAAUUCUUAAUUCACUACAUACACUCUAUCCCAAAAUGAUAAGAUAUCUUGAGAAUCUUUGUCUUAUUCGCGAGUUUGAAUAUAAUAGAGCGUGUAUUGCGUUGAU